UUCAACGCGGCAGUUUGAACACGAUGACAUCUCAUGUGAUCAUGUUAUAUUUCGGAUUUCUAAUCUUGUGGAAUACUGCUCAGGUGACGGAGCUGAAAUUAUCGUCAUCUGUUCAUCAAGAGAGUGGUAUUCUAUCAUUUAAAACUGGGGACGAGCUUACUUUGAAAUGUUUCCAUGGGAGUAAUGUUGACACAAGAUUUUACUGGUACAAGCAAACUGUGGGACAGAAACCAAGGCUUAUCUCAACCUACUACAAGUACGAACCAAAUGGAACAUUUCACGAUGAAUUCAAGAAUCCACGUUUCGCAUUGGAUACGGGAAAAGGACAAAAUCACCUGAAGAUAACAGAUGUGCAAAUUUCAGACUCAGCCACUUACUACUGCGCAAAUAGCCAUUCUUACCAGUUUGAAUUCAGGGAGGGAAUUACAGUCGAUGUAAAAGGUUCAGAUUUGAGCAUCUCGUUUUUAGUCCAUCAGUCAGCAUCUGAGAUCAUCCAGCCAGGAGACUCUGUGACUCUGAACUGUACUGUACACACUGGCAGCUGUGAUGGAGAACACAGUGUUUACUGGUUCAAAAACUCUGAAGACACUCUUCCAGGACUCAUUUACACCCGUGGAGGCAGUCAGUGUGAGAGCAAACCCAACACACAAACACACACCUGUGAUUACAACCUGCCAAAAAGCGUGAAUCUUUCUCAUGCUGGGACCUACUACUGUCCUGUUGCCUCAUGUGGACACAUACUGUUUGGAAACGGGACCAAGCUGAACUUUGAAGAUAAGGUGGAUUUUCUUAUCUUGGUGUAUUCCUUGAGUGGAGCUUUGGCAUUCACUCUCAUUGUGAUUGUCUUACUGGUUUUCUUACUGUGCAUGAUGAGCAAGAGAAACAGCUGCAAAUGUACAGAGUCUCAUGCAAGAGUUCCAGCUCCCUCCACAACAAAUGCAGAGGGUGACCAAAAUGAAGUGACCAUCCAUUACUCAACUGUAAGGGAACAUAAGGUCAACCGAUCCAGGAGACAAAGGAACAGCACCAAGACUGAAUGCGUGUACUCAAGUAUUAAGUACCACAAUACCAACAUUGAGGCCGGACCAGUGAAUGCAGAUAAAGAAGACAAGAUGAUCCCGAACUUUGUGAAUGUCUUCCUGCUCUGGCCUUUGUGUGUGGCACAGACAGAUGACAUUUCUCAGCCGGUUCCUUUCCAAAUGGUGAAGAUUGGAGACUCGGCUACUAUUGAAUGUCACAUAAAAAGUAUCAUACAAAAGCGAGUCUGGUACAAAUACACGUUAGGGAAGAGACUGCAGCUUGUGGCAGCAUUUAAUGACAAAUAUAAUUGGAGUGAAAUUUCAGAGGAAUUUCCUAACCGUUAUUCAGCCAAAUUUAACGGAACCAAAAUCCACCUGAGCAUAUCUGCAACAACAUGGGUAGACGUUGGAACAUACUUCUGUGGAGUCGUGCAAUUAAACGACAUCCAAUUUGGAUCGGGAACCUUUUUGAUGCUGAAAGGUGCAAACAUGAUCAGUGAGUCUGUCAUCCAGCAGCCAGAGUCAAAAUCAGUCCAGCCAGGAGACUCUGUGACCGUCAGCUGCUCACACACAGGCCACUGUGCAGCAGAACACACUAUUGUCACGUGGCUGAAGAACUCUCAGCAUUCUGCUCCACAAAUUAUUUACUUCUCUGGAAAUGGGACCUGCCAGAGGAAAGAGAGUGGAAAAACAACCUGCGUGUACAGCCUUCUCCUGAGGGACCUCAGCUCCGAUGAUGCUGCAACCUACUACUGUGUCGUAACUUCCUGUGGACAGACACUGGUUGGAGACGGGACCAAGCUGGACUUUGAGGGUGGCGUGGACUCUGGUUUCUUGGUGCAUUUCUCGAGUAUAGCUUUGACAUUCACCACCAUCCUGAGUGUUUUACUGGCUUUCUUAGUGUGCAUGAUGAACAAGAAAAACAGCUGCCAAUCAACAGUUCCGUCCACAGCAGAAGCCGAAGAGUACCAACGUGGAGAAAAUAUCUACUAUGCUGCUUUAGGUGUGAAUCUGAAAAACAGAUCAAGAAGACAGAGGGAUCCAACCUGGAGUGAAUGUGUGUAUUACAGCGUAAAGCAGUAGAACCUGACAUGGUGCAAUUUGUACUUUUGAGUUGGAGUUUUUUUCUUCUUUGUGGACUGCAGCAAAAAAAAAUCAAUCUAUUCUUCAUUAAUGUUCAUUUUAGCAUAGUCUUUUUCACUGUGUGGUCGAAGCAGGAUAUGUCCGCAACGUUCUUUCAAAUAAACCAUGUGUCUAAAGUUUUUUUAGUACCUAUGAAUACAUGUUUUUGUAUGAGUUAACCUGUAGCCUAUAUUUAGAAGCUUAGAUGCUGUAAAAUUCACUUGAAUACUUUUAAGUUUAGGAUCAUCUUAUCAAUUUUAUUGUCAUUUUUUUUAACAAAAUAAAAUGUGUAAUUUUGUCUGUGCAAUUUAUGUCGUUAAUAAUGAAAUAAACGUCAAA